AUGGAAUGCGGGUACCAGAAAGUCCAGUACCCGUUUGCUGUUCAGCAUAAGUGUGCGAGUUCUGUAACGAAGCUGCCAGAUGCUGGAGAAGUUCGCACCGAACGUCGAUCUCAGCGGUUGUUGCUGCUACACGUAAAAGUUGACCCUGACAAGAAGUUGACUAAUCAGGAAUACACAAACAUUCUUCAGCCUCUCGUAGAUGUUCAUGGCGCCUCAGUUGGCUGUGACGAUCACAGAAAUGAAACUCGGGUUGUUGGGAGGUCAGAGCGACUCAGCCAGGUAGCUGAAUCCGAAUACGCCAGAUUUGAAGACGACGAACUCAACCUGACCGACAAACGAAAACGAGGCAAACGAGCAGAGGUUGAAUCAGCACCAGGUCUUAGCCACCGCUCUGAAGCAUCCUCCGUAGGCCCUGGUUGCGAGGGGCUGAGUCGCACUGUUCACAAAAACAGCUGUGUUAUUUGUUGUGUGCGUUCAUGA